ACCGUAAGUUUAAAGACAGGGUAGCUCAAUUAGGCCUCAACACCAUCACCAUUGUUGGCCAUUGCUUUCCCUCGCUUCUUCCUCCUUUCUUUUUCUUCCUCCCUUCUCCUUCCUUUCUUUCUCUUCCUCCAUUCUCAUUCGUUCUCGUUCUUUCUCUUCCUACCACUCCAUCUAUCCCCCUUGCUUCUCCAUAGCAAAGAAUUUAGAAAAUUUGAGUGCUCAUCACAUGGUUUGGGUACUCAUCACCCACUAGUAACUAUCGAUUUCAUCCCAUUUGGAUCUAACUUUUUUUUUUUUAUUAGAUCUGAAAGUUUUCUUCUUCUUCUUCUUCUUCUUCUUCUUUUUUUUUCUCUAGCUAGCACCUGGAUCUAAACUCUUGGAUCCCAAAAACACCAAACUACCUAAUCCCUCUCCCUCCCACAAAAACCCCAUCGUUUUCCCAUCAUUGCAGCCUCCCUCCUCUAAAGUAGCAUCGAAACUAGCACCACCAUUUCAAUUUCUUCCCCCACAAAGAUCCACAUUACUAGAAUGUUAAGAUAAUUUGGCUUCAAAGAUGCCAGGCAUGCAAGCUUUAGUCAAUGACCUCGUCACCAAGCUUCAAAAAAGGAAAAUUGAGGGUUCGAAUGAAACUGCUCGGAUGACAGCCGAGCUGCUAAGGUCUUUGAUAUCACAGCAGAGGCUGCCACCGACAGACCAGGCUGCAGCCCUCAUUGAGGCUGUAAGGGAUGUUGGCGUGAGGCUAAUUGCAGCCAAUCCUGUUGAGCUUGCCGUUGGGAACAUUGUAAGGCGUGUUUUACGUGUUGUUAGGGAUGAGGAUUUUUAUCUCACGACAAAAGCUCUUAAAGAGAUGGGACUGUCGGCUACAACGGAUUAUGAAGACAUGGCUGUCAAAGGUGAUGGUCACAAUUUGCCUAUUUCUGCUAACUCUGCCAAUGGCCUUCAACGUCCACCUUCAUUGCAUGCUCUCCUUGAGCGAUCACCAGAGCUGGUAGCAAAUUCCCUGACUUCUACUUUAUGGGAUGGCUAUGAAGGAAAAGGCAAAUCAACUGAUAAAAGUACGAGAACCUGGAAGGUGAAGAGUGGUGUCAUCGAGGCACUUAAUGAUCUCAUUGAAGAUAUAAAUACUUGCCAUGAACUUAUUUCAGAACAAGCAAUGGAGAUUAUUCAUCAAAGUGAGGUGAUACUGACUUUUGGUCGUUCAAGAACUGUAAAGGAAUUCCUACUUGCUGCAAAGGUCAAGAAGCGAUCAUUUCAGGUUUUAGUUGCUGAGGGUGGUCCAAAGUAUGAAGGCCAACUUCUUGCAAAAGAAUUGGCUGCAAGGGGUUUACAGACCACGGUCAUCCUUGAUGCUGCAGUUUUUGCGAUGAUUUCUAGAGUCAACAUGGUUAUAGUUGGAGUUCAUGCUGUGAUGGCCAAUGGGGGAGUCAUAGGACCAGUUGGAUUGAACAUGGUAGCCCUGGCUGCGAAAAGGCAUGCUGUUCCAUUUGUUGUGGUUGCUGGCACUCACAAGUUAUGUCCAUUGCAUCCACAUAAUCCAGAAGUCUUGCUGAAUGAAAUGAGAUCUUCAUCUGAACUGCUGGAUUUUGGGGAAUUCUCUGAUCUAAUGGAACAUGGAAUUGGCACUGGGGCUCCUUUACUUCAUGUUGUUAAUCCUGCCUUUGAUUAUGUGCCUCCGGAGCUAGUCAGUCUUGUCAUUACUGAAAUUGGAGGACAUAAACCCUCAUAUAUCCACCAGCUUAUGGAGAAUUAUUACUCUGCCGAUGAUUUUACUUUGCAACAGCAAGCUGCUUCUUCAGCUUAGAUUACUAGAAACACAUCUAACUAGUAUGACUCGAGUUGUUGAUUUGGAUCACUUAACAAUGCAGAAGGAGAAGACCAAAUAUAAACCAUUCUGUUUUUCCACGGUCAAAAUUUUAGAUUCUCGGUAAACUUGAUAUAUUAAUGCCAUAUAUCAGGUGUCUGAAAAUUUCUGAGAAAGACCUGUCUUGUCUGGAAUUGGAAAAGGUUUCAUGCCGAAGUUGAGCUCCUCAACAUGCUGAGAAUGGCAUCUAUUUUGUAAUCAAUUCCUCGGCACAUG